AUGCUCCUUGGCAGCCAUAUGCCCCGGGGUGUGCUUUACCUGGUCGCAACUUGCCAAAGGGUCGGGAAGCCCGCCCUUGGCAUCGACACCCGGAACCGGCAGAGACAAAGGUUGGAGAGGGACUUGCACUUUUCGGUGGUCCAUCCGAUCCGGGUCCACCGGGACUACCAAUGCUUCGCAUCAAACCUCCCAUUUGUUAGACUCCCUCACCACCCGCCCACGUCAUGCGUAGAUGAGCCCGGUGCUGAUGUCUCCACUGCGCUUCACGAGGCGAGGUGUUAUCCGUUGACUAUGUGCUCUGAAUUUGCUGCGGAUAUAUGGCAGACCCAGUCAUCCAACAGGCAUAUCCUCGUUUCCUAA